UUCUUAAUCAUCUCGAAUAUGAAUUGCUUUAUAAUAUUUGUAUUCUUCUUCUUGAUGUAGUUUCUUUCAAUUCGAUAACCAUGGCAAGGUCACUCUCAAAUGCACUGUUUAAGGGUAUUAAGGGCUUCCAAGUUGCUCAGACAGCAAGAGUUGCAAAUGGGUACAUUAACCAUAAUGGAUCAAGGUAUUUCUCCACUUUGCCGAAUGACCCUGAUACGCAUGAGGACUUUAGACCCGCUAAUAAGACUAAGGAUUCUGGAUUUUCUUUGAAGGACAUUGUUGAGCAGGAUAUAAAAGAGAACCCCGUUAUGAUUUACAUGAAAGGUGUGCCUGAGCUUCCUAGGUGCGGGUUCAGCUCAUUGGCAGUAAGGGUAUUGAAAGAGUAUAAUGUUCCAUUGAGUGCAAGGAACAUAUUGGAAGAUCCCGAGCUUAAAAACGCUGUAAAGACCUUCAGUCAUUGGCCCACAUUCCCGCAGAUAUUUAUCAAUGGCGAGUUCAUCGGUGGUUCUGACAUCGUUCUAAACAUGCAUCAGAAUGGGGAGCUCAAAGAGAAACUUAACAGCAUCAAUGCAAACCUUGGAAAAUCAGACUAAAGCAAGCAAACCAAGGAAGGAUAUUAAGCAGAACUUCAAUUUAUUGUCAUGUGCUUGUUGUUGAGCAUAAUAUAGACAAUGAUAUAAAUUUGCCAUGUGGUUGAGAUUUAUUUAUGUUUGAAAGGCAAUAAGCUGUAAAACAUUAAACUUAAAUUAACAAGCAAUUCUUUUGUUUCUCAUGUUGACAUACAUAUAUCUUAUUAGACUAUUUGUUUGA